UAGUCCCCUCUCUGGGGUUUUCUGGUGUUCGAUUAUAAGACUCUGGGGUCCUUGGUGGCGCCAAUUUUUUUCAGAUGUUGCUUUUGUUCCGGUGCAGCGGCCAAGAUCAUGGUCUCAGACGUUGCACUUGGUUUAAAGCAAACUCGGACACGUCCCACCAAAAAGUCGCAGGAACUCGACGUUAGGAAACCCUCAGCGGUUUCACUGCAAGUUCCAGCAUCCACCGUUUAUUUUUAUUUUGGGGGAAAACCAGAGUUUAGAUUCCUCUGUACAUGAUGCACAGCCUACAAUUUGCUUCUUCUAGGGUUUGGACCAGCUCAAGUCCACAAUCCUUAAUGGGACAGGGUAAUGUAAUUUACUCUUGUCUUGGAGAUUUUUUUUAAAAGAGUACAGUACACCUAAGUAAUUCUUAUUUGUCUAAAAUCUGAUGACCUGACGCUGGGUCAUUAGACCCAGGCUUUUGGGGGCGGAGAGGUGGUCAAAGAUGUUUACAGUUAAAUUCUCUUCCUAGACUAUGGGAAAGGAAAGCCGAGAGAGGACGUGAAUAGGGGUUGGGCCACUCUACCCAGGCCAGCGUAGGCAUAUCUUCCUUAAAAAUAGCCCGGAGGCCGGACCUCAGAGCCUCCACCCGCUGCCCCCCUUCCCAGCGGCCUCGGGAUUGAGAGAGAAGCCUGGGAACCGAGAGACACAGCCGAUAAACCUCCUCCAGCCGGCGGGCCAGCGAGGCCUUGAAAUGCUCCCCGCUCCUGGCAACGUGCAGCCAACCUGCCGGCUCCCGCGUGGCCUAAGGGAGGGAGGGGGCGAGCAAAGGAGGAAAGGAGGGAAAAGGAAACGCCCUCAAAAGAGCAGGCUGCUUGCCAACCCCUGGUCUGUCCUUGAGCGGAGGCCUUGGGGAGAAAGUUGGGGCUUUCUUCUUCCUACAGGAAGAAGCCUCAGGAAACAAAAUUUUCUGUCCCAGGCGCCUUCCAGAGACAGUGAAUAUUCCUGGGUCAGGGAAGCCCAGGUUUCAGCCCACUAGGAGUGCCGGCGGAAGGUGUGGGUAAAGGGCCGGGGUGGUGGAAGGUGGUAGAGGUGGUGGCCCGGGGCUGGCAGAAGCGGGGGAGCAGGGAAUCUGGGGUUCCUCGCCAGCAAGCCCCCAGCAAAAGCAGGCGAUUCCACCCAGGGGUGUGGCAGCAGCCACCGACAGCACAGCCUGUUAUAGCUCCACUAGUGUACAGAGGAGGGGAUUGAAGUUUAGGGAGGGCGAGGAGGACGAGGGUGAAGGCUCGCUGUGGCCCAUCUGGCACUGCUCAGAGAAGCCCGUGUCCGAGCGGCCCGUGUCCUUGGGUGUCGGGAGGACGCUCAGAUGGUGCCCCGCCAGACACUAAGCCCCAAGUCCCUGGCUUGUUUCUAAGAAAAUUCACUGCCUGGUCCCUCAGACUCAGCUGUUUUCGCCCUUUGACGGUCGCGCGUGGGUGGUAGCUCUGGGACUGGGACCUCGAGCAGUGCUGGAGCCAAAGAUUUCCUCAAAGGAGAGGCCGGGGCAGCUUCCCACUCUCCCAAGCCCAGACUUCCCACUCUCCAGAAAGGCCUUGCAGGCCCCUGCCGCAGGUCUUGGCUUCGUGCCUCUCUUGCUCACCCCCACGAGGAUGAGAGCGGGUUUCAAAUCGGGAGCAAGGGUGUGCUUCCUUCUCCGAUUGGAGUGUGCUCCGGAGACCACUUUUCCCCAGCGCUGGCCUCCGAGAUCCCCAGGACCCCUUCAGCCUUAAGUUCCCACGUCUCGGGUCCGUGACGCCAGUUCUACUAAGGAGCAGGCUAGGAGUUCGGGGAAGUCGGAGAAGAAACCCUAAAUGGGCGGCCCCAGCUUCCGGGGCGCAGGCCAGCCGGGGUCUCCAGGGAAGGCUGCAGUGCGUCCAGCCUGCGCGCAGGCCUUUCGCCGCUGGGCGGCCCACGCGGCCUCAGUUUCCUCUCCUCUGUUUGGGCCCCGGUGAACCUCCGCACCUCUCAUUCAGGGAAGAGAAUUCCCCGCGCAGCUGCGCUGGUUUCUUCCUCUGGGAUUUUCCUGAGAAUCCCCGGGAGUUGGCCACGAUCCCACCGGGAGUUUCCUUCUACCCAGCUUCGAGUCCCGGCCUCGUCUUUAGAGCCCGGGUUGCCUUCACUCAGGCCGGGAAUCCACGACCGAUUUCCAACUGCGGAAGCGGGUGGCGUCCCUAGUCUGCUUUCGAAGCAACACGGGUUUCGUGCAGGGUGGUAUCCCUCCCCCUCCCCCAUCCCUCUAAUCUGGUUUGAGAAGCCUGUGCUGGAGAGAAAAACGCGGGCCAAAAAAAAAAAAAGUUUAACCGAAAGCCUGAGAGCCACCCGCCGGCUGUUAUCUGGGGCUGAAGGCUGCGGUAAUCGAUGGGUUAUUUUUACGCGGUAAUAGGGCUCUGUGAUUGCUCUAUUAACCUUUAGACCUGUCGGAGGGACUCUCUGGUUGGCAGCCCCGCUGCGCAGGGGCCUCCAGGCCCUGACGCCGACUCUCAACUCAGGCCUGACACAUUUCCCUCCCCCAUUCCGGAGAGGGGACUGCAGCCCCUGGAGAGCCCCCUCCACGGAGGAGCUCCCCCGGACCGCCGGGCUCCCCGGCCCUUGCUACGUCCCUUGGAUUGGUGCAGCGGCCGCCGCAGGCUGCAGAAAAAACGGAGAAAGAUUAAAAGACAGGAGGCCACAGGAUAUGAGAAGCGUCCCCAGGAAGGGAUGCACACUUUGCGUAAACACAUAAAAUAGAGGGCUGACCCUCAGCUCCCGACCAUCUCCCUGGGCUUUUGGGAAGGCAAAAGGGAGGCUUCGGUCUCUGCGCUCUGAUUUAAGGAGGCAGUCUGGGUGUCUCCUGAACCUCCCCGGAGUCCGGUGCUGGGUCGAUCCCCACUACCCCUGCCCAGAAACUUGCGUCCAGCCCCGGGUACCCCGGGUGAUCCAGUACCCCACACGAGAUCGGGAGUUGAGCCCAAGAGGUCAUCUUCCCCUCUACUGGCCCCGCCCCUCUCCCACCGCGCGGGAUGAGGCCCACGGGAAGGGGGGCGGGGAGGGAGAAAAGGAACUCAUUAAUAAAGCUGACCCUGGGCAUCACAGCGAACCCAAUCGACCUCUGGCUGGGCUGCGGGUGAAGCCCCUAGCCCUGGCGGUAACACUGGGCGUUUUCCGCGGAGACCCCAGCGCCUGGACUUUGCCUGGUGGGGGAGCUUUCCGCCCAGUCCCGCAGCCCGGCGCCCAACUGAGGUGCUGCCGGUGCCGCGCACCCCCGCCCCGCCCUUGCACGUGACUCCCACAGGCCAGUCAGCGCCCGCGGGCCGACGCGCUGGGCCGGGGACCCGAGCUGCGAGCUGGGGACUCAGAGGCGGCCGGCGCAGAGGCCGCGAGAGGCUUCGUCGCCGCUGCAGCUCCGGGGGUGCCCAGGGGAGCGCGCGCGGAAGCUCCAGGCCGGGCAGGACCCCGGCUGCAGCGAGGAGAAAGGAGCCAGCCUAGCCCUCCGCCUUGGAGCCAGCCCAGCACUUCUGCGCCCGCCCGCCCGUAGCCGCGGGUGUCCUGGAGGCCUCACGGUGGGACGAGUGGGGGACCUGAAGGCCCGUGCGCCACCUCCAGGCCUAGACGCGCCCUCCGUCUUCUGCCCUGCAUAGGCGCUCCGGACCUCCAGGCACUGGGUGAAGUCAGCUGCGCCUGCGUCGCCUUCCGGAACCACCAAAAAUUCAAAUUAGGAUUUUCCGGAGUCAACAGGAGCUUGGAGUCUUUUGCUCAAUGCCGGAUUUAAUAUGUAUAUAUUUUUAAGCGAUUUGGUUUUUUCCCUUUGACUUUUGAUCUUCGAGACAGCUCCUUUCGCGCACAUUAUUGUCGCCGUCGUUUUCUCUCCCCGCGUGGCUCCUUGACCUGCGAAGGAGUGGGAGGACCCUGAAAGCCGGGAGUUCGCCGGGGCGAUGUACCAGAGCCUGGCCAUGGCCGCUAACCACGGGCCGCCCCCCGGGGCCUACGAGGCGGGCGGCCCCGGCGCCUUCAUGCACAGCGCGGGUGCCGCGUCCUCGCCGGUCUACGUGCCCACGCCGCGGGUGCCCUCCUCCGUGCUGGGCCUGUCCUACCUCCAGGGCGGAGGCGCGGGCGCAGCGUCCGGAGGCCCCACGGGCGGCGGCUCGGGGGCGGCCCCGUCGGGUGCAGGGCCGGGGACCCAGCAGAGCAGCCCGGGCUGGAGCCAGGCCGGAGCCGACGGAGCCGCCUACACCCCGCCGCCGGUGUCGCCGCGCUUCUCCUUUCCCGGGACCACCGGGUCCCUGGCUGCUGCCGCCGCUGCUGCCGCGGCCCGGGAAGCUGCGGCCUACAGCAGUGGCGGUGCCGCGGCGGGCGCGGGCCUGGCUGGCCGCGAGCAGUAUGGGCGCGCCGGCUUCGCGGGCUCCUACUCCAGCCCCUACCCGGCCUACAUGGCCGACGUGGGCGCGUCCUGGGCCGCGGCAGCCGCCGCCUCCGCUGGCCCCUUUGACAGCCCUGUCUUGCACAGCCUGCCCGGCCGGGCCAACCCCACCGCCCGACACCCCAAUCUUGUAGAUAUGUUUGACGACUUCUCAGAAGGCAGAGAGUGUGUCAACUGUGGGGCUAUGUCCACCCCGCUCUGGAGGCGAGACGGGACGGGUCACUAUCUGUGCAACGCCUGCGGCCUUUACCACAAGAUGAACGGCAUCAACCGGCCACUCAUCAAGCCCCAGCGCCGGCUGUCUGCCUCCCGCCGAGUGGGCCUCUCCUGCGCCAACUGCCAGACCACCACCACCACGCUGUGGCGCCGCAAUGCGGAGGGUGAGCCUGUGUGCAACGCCUGCGGCCUCUACAUGAAGCUCCACGGGGUCCCCAGGCCUCUUGCAAUGCGGAAAGAGGGGAUUCAAACCAGAAAACGGAAGCCAAAGAACCUGAACAAAUCUAAGACACCAGCAGGUCCUUCCGGCAGUGAGAGCCUUCCUCCCACCAGUGGUGCUUCCAGCAACUCCAGCAGUGCCACCACCAGCAGCAGCGAGGAGAUGCGUCCCAUCAAGACAGAGCCCGGCCUGUCCUCUCACUACGGGCACAGCAGCUCCGUGUCCCAGACGUUCUCCGUCAGCGCGAUGUCUGGCCACGGGCCCUCCAUCCACCCGGUUCUGUCGGCCCUGAAGCUCUCUCCACAAGGCUAUGCGUCUCCCGUCAGCCAGUCUCCGCAGACCAGCUCCAAGCAGGACUCUUGGAACAGCCUGGUCUUGGCCGACAGUCACGGGGACAUAAUCACUGCAUAAUCUCCCCUCUUCCCUCCUCAAAUCCUGCUCGGACCUGGGACCUGGAGGACAGUGGAGAUGGAGGUCCUGGGCUCCCAGGGGCCGGCCUCCUCGCCUGGGGACGACUCCAGAACAACUGGGAAGAAACUUGAAGUUGACCAUCUGGUUGGAGAAGCAGGUGUUGGGUUUUCUCAGAUGCCUUUUCAUGGUGGGGGAACUGGAGGAGCCGAGCCUCAGCACGAGCACACUGCAUCUCUCCUAUGAGUUGGAGACUUCUUUCCUGAGAUGUCCUUGUGCCCUGCGUUCACCGCUGUGGCCUAGACGGUGGGUUUUCCAUUGUGUUCCCAGCACAAGGAUUUGAGAACGGGUGGAGGCCGGGCCCUGGGACCCCUGCCCCAGCCUGAAUGGUGGCAUCUGCUUGCCCAAUACCUGGAUGCGACAGGCCCCUGGGGAGACGCCCUUGCUCCAUCCUGCCUCCCCAAUGCCAGAUCUGACUCCGAAACUGUGGGGUGUGACACAGAAGUGACUGAACACUUCCUGGGGAGCUCGAGGGGCACUUCACCCACCCAGAGCGCAGCCUCGUCACAUGCAGCUGGCAGCUCUCCCAGGUGCCUGCCCGUGCUGCGGGCCUUUGUGCCUUUACUUCCAGCAUCUCUCAAAAACCCCUCCUCUUGCUCUGAGUGAUUUGGCUCCGCCUGCAGCUUGGACGCGUCUCUUCCCUGGCAAAACAAGAGCUGGGUAGUUUAGCCAAGCGGCACCCCCUCGAGUUCACUGCAGACCCUGCAUUCACCCUGUCACACACAGAGGCUCUGAGUAAGAGCAAAUAUUCUGCUGUUCAAGCCAGUCUGACAAACACUCAGCCAAGCCUGGAGAGCCUUCCGGGGAGAGUGUAGGUGGACAGCGUCCUUCUGGGGGGCAAGGUGUCUCAAGGGCUGGCCCACCUGCUGUCUGCUCCUCCUGGCCCCUGGUCAGAUGGCAGCCGGAAUCCCCGGGACCUGCAGCCUCACCCCCGGCAGAAGUCUUUUGUCCAGGAGGCAAAAAGCCAGAGAUUCUGCAGCACAAAUUGAAAGCAAACCAACAAAACCCAACACAACAAAACUCAUGGGAAGAAGACGACUGCUAAGACGUGGCAGCGGGCCCUGGAGACAGCCUCUGGUUCUUGCCGCCUUCUCUGCACGUGGCUCAGUUUCCGCCCCUGACGCUGGAGCUCACGGACUCUGUCCUCGUCCUCUUUCUCAGCAGAGCUGUAGCUGACCGUGGCAUGACCACGCCUCCCCACACACCAAGCCCCUAACUCCAAAAUCCUACUGGCUGUCGCAGAGAAUACCUUUGAGCCAAGAUUCUGCUUUAAUCAUUUACAUUGUUUUCUUCCCGAAGGCCCCUCAUAGACCCUCCCUGACCCACAAACCUGUUAACAUUGUCUUAAGGUGAAAUGGCUGUAAAAUCAGUAUUUAACUAAUAAAUUUAUCUGUAUUCCUCUUUC